AUGGCUUCCAUGCACGAGCCACCAUGCCACGCAUCAAACAUCACAACCAACUGCAUGAUGUUAUUAUACAAGGAACUGGGAAUCUGGAACACCGAACAUUUCUGCAACGGCUUCGAGGCUUUGAGGCUUUUACCAUGGCCCCUCUCACUAAGGUAG